AUGAUAGACUUGGCCAGUGUGCAGCAGCCAGGUCAAGCUAUUAUUAUUGCAGCAGGUGCUGAGUUCUACACAGGAUUUUACAAUGCAUUGGGGUUCUGUGUUGGGCUUAGUAGCUGUGAGGGCUGACGACCAGCAGCUAAACACCUGAUGCACUGGAUGACAGCCUCUUUGUGACGACACACACUGUGUGUGUGUGUGUGUGUGUGUGUGUGUGUGUGUGUGUGUGUGUGUGUGUGUGUGUGUGUGUGUGUGUGUGUGUGUGUGUGUGUGUGUGUGUCCGGCCGUGCUCCUGCGUCUGUGCGUAUUCGUCUGGAUUUCAUUAUUUCAUUAUUUAAUUUCGUCUGCUGCCUUUAUUCACCUUUUUAGCAGGCUAUAUUUCAGUUUUUCAGUUGCUUUACUUGAAAAGUUGAGAAAGUUAAUGGACAGUUUCAGGACAUUGGGUUAUUAUAUAACAUAAGUCCGCUCUGUCCACACCAGUGGGCUGCUAAGGUUUUGCAGCUAUCUUUAUGACAGUGCCCUUUCCUUACUUCCUCACUCAUACUUAAUUCUAAGUUAUUUUCAGACUCAAAUUUGGGCCACAUCCAUAUGCAAAUAUCAAAGGUGGCACUGUGCAAAUAGGGAUCCGGUGCAGCAGCUGACUGGAAUGAUAUAUCUGGCCGUGUUAGGCCUUGUCGUCGCAAUUAAUGGCUCCCCUCCUAAACCCUGCCACAGUGGCAAACACAAGAAGGCAACAAUGAUUGAAUCAUCCAGAAAAGUGCAUUGCGGCUGUGACCUCGGGCAACAUAUGGCUGCUUCUCCGGCGCCCGUUUAUGUAAUCUGUAACCUGUGCACUCAGCGUUGGUUCACUCUGCCUUUUGUCUGAAAGACAACACAUUAACCUAGCAGACCGGACUAAUGUGUACUGCUUCUGCUUCUCUUGCAUCUCAUCUUCCACACGCCUGAGCUCUCACAAAUAAACUCAGGGAACAUCACCUCCCAUCGUAACCCCUCCCCUUGGCUCCAGCCUACAGUUUGGAGCCAUCACCUCCUCCUCAUUUGAUUGAUGCCACUUCCCCUCAUCAAUUUUUAUUACCUGGCUGUGUCUGUAAUUAAUUUCCAACCUGGCGUGAGAAAAAUUAUCAGAGUAAAAUGUAUAUAACAAAAUCUGUACUGUAAAUCGGCCUUGGUGGUGGGAGACCUCAACACAAAUGACAGUGGACAGAUUUUGAAUGUAUACACAUUUUAUGGGACACAGAGAGCGUGGAGAUGUAUUACCUGGAGUCUGUAUGAACAUACUUCUGUAAUUGCAUUGAUGUGCAACCGCGUUUCUGUGUCGAUUGGGGCUGCCAGCAUAAAAUGAGGCAUACCCUACUUUUCUCUUCUAGUUUAUUUCCUUAUUUUUGAUCCUCUGACUCAAAGGCUAUUAUGACUGAUGACAAAAAGACUGACUUCAUGUCUUCAAUGAGUUGUCCAGUCAUGUUACUGGCUGACCUGGCAUUUGGGUUUGUAAUGUGAAAGCACAUACUGUACUGUAGUCACGCAAUGGGGAGAGUAGCUUUUCAUUUUAGGCAAUUCACUAGUCAUUUUUGUCCAUAGAUAUACAGUACAGUUAAAACGUUUAAUUACAGUAGUUAUGAUUUGAAAAUGAACUGUGUUCAUUGUAGAGUAUAUUGCCUUCUUUGCCUUGCCUCAAGGCUUUAUUUGCCUGUCUUCUACAACAGCAGUUCCUUCGAUGCUAAGUGGUUUAUCCUAAAUAACCAUGCAUUAGUGUGACAGUGGCUACGACCUUCCCUACCUCUCCAUCUCAUAUGCUAUUAUUGUUUCACUGGUUCACAGGUUCCUGUGUUUGUUUUUUACCACUCCUCACCUAUGGAUGAAAAUGGAGAGAGAUGACAGAGGCUGCACAUUUCUGAGUAGAACGUGAAAUGCCUUUGAAGCCUAGCUAGAGAGCUCCCAUUUUUGGAGGCAAAUUAAAAUCCAAAUGGAGGAGAUUAAUGUGUGAUAAGAUGACAAUCAUCCUAAUGCAUGGCACUAGUGUGAAUACUUUAGGCUUCAUUUGAAUUUGACCCCCACGGUAUAGGUUUAGUUGCUUCCAUUGUCUAUAGAACCAUUAUGCUCCUGGGUUUGCAUUGCUCCAAUAUGUAGGAUAAGGUUUAGGCUCUUAGUUCCUUGUUUUAGUGUGAGUAGUAUUGCAUACUCCAACAACCACUCUGUUUCCAUCAGUUCCUAACCAUGUACUACUUCCUCCUCCAUAGUGGAUGGCUGCAUUGAUUGGUCGGUGGACCUGAGGAGGUACCGGGUCCUAGCAGGGGAACCAGUGAGGGUGAAGUGCGCCCUGUUCUACAGCUACAUCAGGACCAACUACUCCAUGGCCCAGAGCGCCAAGCUCCGACUCAUCUGGUACAAAAACAAAGGGGACUCGGAGGAGCCUAUCAUCUUCUCCGGCCAUCGGCUCAGCAAGGAGGAUGACUCCAUCUGGUUCCGCUCAGCUGAGCUGGAGGACAACGGCUUCUACACCUGUGUCCUGAGGUGGGUUUAUUUAGUCCCUCUGUCUCUGAGGAGUUUCAUUUAAGCUUUUCUUAACCCACAACCAAACAAACACACUUUUUUCCCCCUAUCAUUCACAGUCCAUUGGCAGCCCAACUUUUUCAGGAACUGAAUUAAUCGGGUAACAGUUCAUGACGGAUCCUGGCCCCAGUGGUCCCACCCACAUACAUUACAGUAGUUUGAGAGGCCCUAAUUUACCUAUCUACUUUACAUCUACUUUCCAAGGCUACUGGUAGUGUGCCAGUAUGUCUAUUGUUAUGUUAAACAUCCCCCUCUUUGCACACCCAACGCAAGAUGGCACACAGCAUAAGGAGGAGGAAGGGAUCCUCAUCCUCAUCGCAUUCCAUGUUCAGUUUCCUCGUGGAGGAAUGCAUGACUGGCCUUGCGAGGUUGGUUCACCCCUGCAAGGCUCAACAGGGACACUGA